AUGUCUCUGCAAUACCAAAAUGUACUGUUUGCUAACGUGGAUGUGGACGAGUCUUCGGAGUUGGCCCAAACAUGUGGCAUCAAGAUAAUACCCACAUUUCAGAUGUUCAAGCAAGCCCAGAAGGUAACCGUAUUCUCAAGAUUCAAAAGAAUAUUUUGCUGUUAUAGAAGUGGAUACAUGAGCAAACCGGUAAGUGACAUGGGAUCAAGAUACAGUCAUAACUGUGGCUUUUACUUUCAAAGAACAGAAUGA